AUGCCAAAGACCUCAUCGGGGGAAAAGGCGAAGUUCAGAGCCCCUUCGCCGCCGGAGUCAAGGCCAAAUAACGACACCAUUACCGACUCUGGUUCCACGCAUACUCAACCACGGCCGCCAUCACCACAAGACCUCCCACCAUCCUACGAUGUGAUCAACCCUCCGAUCCCAUCCAUAUCUAUUACACCCACCAGCGCGGUCUCGUCCAACGACAUCCCAUCAUUCCUCGCCCGCAGUCAGAACCCGCUCGAUGCCAUCUCCCGCCUCGCGUCCGUCGACCUGACCAGGUACUGCGGCGUGUCCCAGGCCAAACUCUCGGCCUCGCAGGACACGCUCACCACGACCAAGCCGGAACUAUCGACGAUGCAAUACGUGCUCAUGAGGUUCCUGAACGAGCAGGCGUCUCUCCCGCCCAAACCCCUCAUGCGGAUCCAAGGCUCCCACACCACGUCCACCGGCACCACGCAGAUCGACUUCGACCUGACCCUCAACCUCAUGAGUCUUCUCGACAUUGACCACCGCGUCUCGGCCGACGACACCGGGGGUUCAAACACGACGGCGACAGCGGCCACGGCCCCGUCAACCCGGUUACACGUGGAGCCGUUCGAGUCCUCGACGCCGACGGGUUCGUCGUCUCCGUUCAAGCGCUCGUCGCGAGGGAACCAGCCAGCAAUGACGCCGCUCGAGCAGUGGGCGAAGAAGUUCACUGACGAGAAGACCGAGAAUAAGAGUUUCUCGCUGCACCGACAAAUUGCCAAUUUCCCCGCCGCGAUUCUCGAAGGCAUGGUCCGCACUCUCCUCGCCGCGACAAGGUACAGGGGCAAAGUCACGGUCGAGUUCCCCGUGCAGUUCGCCAAAGUCGUCGUCCAGCGCGAGUCGGGGAACUGGUUCGCCAACAUGCUCCGCCUGUACCCGACCAAGAAAUACGAAGUCGUCCAGACGGUAUGGGACGUUGCAUCUACGGGCAAUCCAGGUCCAGGUCCAGGUACCGGUCCCGGCGACAUCGCCGGCACAAACAGCACCACCACUACCGCCGCCGCCGCCGCCGCGACAAGCUCGACCCAAAAACACCAACAGCACCACCAGAUGGACCGCGCCGGACUCGUGGCUCAAGAGUGGUGGCGCGAAUGGCAGUACGCGAUAUGGAACGCCGUCAUCAAGCGCCGCACCGGCUGGGUCACGAUCGAGGAUUGGAUCGAGGCCAAAAUGGGUGUGAAGUUGCCCCAGCCAAGUAGAGAGUGGGGUGUCGAGUCGUGGUGA